AUGAUGCCGCAUCGCUUCCAAUACGACGCCGAUUCGGUCGCCGCCGCUGUAGUCGUAGUUGAAAUCCGCCGUCGUACACCGCAGAUCCUAAGGUUGCUCACAAGCAAAUAUACUGGUACUCAAUUCGAUAGUACUACUAAUCAGUGUGGAUUACUGACUGAGGUGCGAACAAGUGCGGAUUUACUACUUGCCUGUGGACCUAUAUUGGAGAUUAUUCGGAAAAUUAAUCUGGAGAUGAGGAGGGACCAGGGUGGAGUACCCCUUACGGGGCGCUUUUGGUGA